GAAAAGGAACUGUGUGUGACUCGCUGCGCGUGCCAGUCGCAAUCAAAAGAAGACUAGUAUAGUGUGCAGAAGAAGAAAAAUUGCCCCUUAAGAAAAGGAUAGGCAUUAAGUGCGCCGCGACUCUGUUUGAAUUAUUUUCAAAAACUAGUAGUCCUGUUUCAAAUUUUCCUUACCAAUCUACGAUUCGUACUCACGUUAAGCAUAGUUUUUAGUCGCGAAAGUAGCAGAAGUUUAAGUGCAGUACUACCUAACAAAGACACUGUUCACCUUCGCGUAAUCGUCGAUUUCCUCCCGAUUUGGUUAAAGUAAUUCCGUACCUGUUUGCAUAUGUGUGCGUUCAAUUAGUAGAGAAAAAAUAGAGUAGCAAGGAAGAAAGAAAGAAAGAGAGAUUAUCCACCACCAUAGUGUAUCGCGAGUGUGAUCGAGAAGAAAAAUAUUAAAAAGCAAAAAAUUGAUAUAAAUCGCGCGCGCGUGUGUGAGAAAGUGUCUGAGUGUAAUACUACUGGUACAUGCAUUACCAUCAAUACCGAUACAGCGCAGAGAGCAAGAUAUAAAAAUAUUUCAUUGAAUUUUUUACGUGGCAAAAAGGCAUAACGCCGAUCGCACUAUCGUCGCAGCACUGAAACCCGUGAUAGCAGCAACCUUCGCUAAUUUCACACAGUGACUAAGAAAACCUGCAGUUGUCCUUUGGCCACGGUUUAUAAUAUCCUUUAAAGUAGAAAAAAUCAUCCAAAACCUUCCAAUCAGAGCAACAACCGUCAUUGCUAUUCAUUAAUUUACACGAGCGCACACACGCACGUAACCCCACAAACGUCAGAGCUGCCGCCUGUCGAAGAGAGGAUACAGCGCCGAGACACCUUUGCUUUCGGCCUGUCUCGUGCUCGUUCUCUGCCAUUUUUUCCCCAUUCCCUUCCCAUCGCCGAUAAGUGCUUGUGUGUAGCUGUCGUCGUCGUCGUUGCCGUCGUUCGCCUUAGCAGCGCUCAAGAUGGCUGCCCUGUGCGCUGGGAACUAUGGACUGUCCCAGCAGCAGCAGAAUCCCAACAGCAGCAAGGAACUGAUCUUCGUGAAGUUGACUGACUCGGCGCUUAGAGCGAUCGAGGAAUUCCAGCGUAAUCAGAUUAAACUUGGCACCGCACUCAACCCGUCGAUACAGUUCCUCGCCAACGGUCAGGGCUACUUGUCCUUUCCCUCCAGCACUAGCAAUGGCCAAAAGUUUAGCUUCUCCAUCACGGACAUCGAGGGCAACGGGUCGAUUGAGUGCAUUCAGCAGAAUCAGGGCCAACAGCUGCAGAACAUGGGCCACUUACCGCAUAAGAUGCGGAUUCACGCCACCGAAGAUGUGUACGAGACGACGAGGCACCGGAUGGCGGCCGCUGAGGAGAACCAGAAGAACAAAUGUACAAGAGAAAUCAAGCCCAAUCAAACCGACAUAGGACGUAAGGUGAAGUUAAAAACUCCAAGCGCUCGUAUCAGCAACAUUCCUAGUAGUAAUCCAGUGUUAAGCAAACGUGAUUCGCUGCAUAGUUCUAGCAACAACUACAGCAACAGUGCUGUGAAUAGUAAUUUAUCAUCAUUAGUUCCCGCGCUCGCAAACAACCACAACAACAACAAUAAUCACCACCACACCAACAACCACCACAGCCACCACCACAGCAGCAGCAACAAUGGUCAGCUGUCGUCGUCGGCGGCGGUUAAUAAUAACAUUAGCAACAGCUACAACAACCUGUCGACGUCACCAAAACUACCGAAAAGCAAUGGCCUGCAGCACAACAAUAACUACAACAGCAGUAGUAACAACCACCAGUCGGCGGGGGCAACGCAGCAACCGCUGCAGCCCAAGCCCGGCUACCAGCACACAGUGCACGAUCCUCCCCAUCAGCAGCAGCAGCAGCAGCAAAAGUCUGAAAACGGUAUCGUACCCAACAACCGGGUGACGAACGGAAGAACGCUACAUAAAGGUGGCAAUCCGGAAAUUACGAAGCGUAAUAUUCGGGAGAGAUUAAUUCAUCUACUAGCACUAAGGCCAUAUAAAAAACCGGAACUGUUUGCGAAAAUAAACCAAGAGGGUAUACGCGGGCCAGAACAAAAGUGUAUAGCACAGGUACUGAAAACCAUCUCGAGCAUGCGAGAUAACGUCUACUAUCUGCACCGGCACAUUUGGAACGAUGUGCAGGAAGACUGGCCGUUCUACUCCGAACAGGACCGGCAAACGCUCAAAAGGCGGAAACCUCAAAAUCUAACACCUCCUCUCAGCUCGGACGGAGGUUCGUCCACCUCGGGACAGAGUCCGUCCAGCGCGCACAAUGGCAGCAGCCCGCCGUCCGGUGGCAAACGGCCGUCGCUAACGAAUAACGACGACAGCAGCAGCAUCGGCAGUAUGCCCACGUCCAAGAAGCCACGGAUCAGUCACUACAAGAAGGACAUCCUGCCGGAUAUCAAUCGGCGUGGCGUUACCGACUCCAGGGACACUAGCAAUAUGAAUCCACGUUCCAGGGAGCACGACGACAGCAUACGCUCGUCAAAACAUUAUCGCAACGGAUCGAAUGUGACACCAAAUGCACAGGAAUCUGAGGACAGCGGGGUCAGCCUAAGUUACUCAUUGGUGUCGAACGACGUGGCGCGAAGGAUACAGCACUCUACCGGAGACAUGACCGACGUGAUGGCAGAACGGGAUAACUACGAUGAUCAGAUCACUGCGUACCGGGAGGACUCGCAAAAGGUGAAAAGUUUGAAGUAUGAUUUUAGUGAUCAAUUUACUAGGAUAACCUCGGUGGAACAACGGCGUAAAUAUAAGACUGAAUUUGACAACGAUUUUCAAGAAUAUCGUCGGCUGCAUGAAAUCGUUGAACGAGUGUCGAGAAAGUUUGCUCAGCUGGAGGGAGAUUUACAACAGGAACGGCACAACGAGAGGCGGUAUAAGGAAAUUCAAAGGCAAAUUAUUAAGGAAUACGAUGAAAGCAUAAAGGAUAUUCGGUUUCAAGAAACUAAGCAAAGGUUCAACUAUCUACACAAUAAGCUAUCUCAUAUCAAGCACCUGGUGCACGAUUAUGACGUCGCAAUCACUAACGGAUCGUGUCGGCCGCAGGAGAAUUACUGACGAUUAUUGAAGCCUGUAAAACAGCAUUCGUCUCAAUUCGUAUGUUGAUGACACUAAAGCCACACACCCGCGUUAAACUUAGGGCACUGUACGCUGCACUGUUCAUCAUUUGAAUCCCCUCAAUCUUUCUAGUAGUAGUAAUUACGCAACCCCGGGGGGAAGUACUAGAACGUCGGUUUCGGCAGUACAGUGCUGGUAAACUUGUGCUUCUAUGGAAAACGACAGCAAAUAACUGAAGAGAGCAGCAGAGCCACGAAAAGCGAUUCUUUGUUACCUUAUAUUAAAUAUUUAGCAGUUAGUAGUAGAGCCAGCAGAACCCUAACCUUAAUCAAAGCCUGGAGCAAUCAGCCGGAAGGGAGAAAGCAUUUUAUAAUGAGUGUGAUUGAAUCGUGCCACUUUCUCGUCCGCGGGAUGAGCCUCCAAAUGCAGAAUGCAGAAUGCAGAGUAGCAGUCAUCAACCUCUACAUCGAUUCCCCCAGUAGCAGUUAGUCAAUCUCGUCAUAUCGUCGUACUCGCGGUUUCUCGCCACAGCCAACGCUUUUCUCCCGCACACAUGGAUAGCGCUCGUUAUAUCUAACUAAGUCCCGGUUCCGGAAGGAAUCGACAGCAAAACAGACGACGAUGUUGCGGUCCACAGUAGGCGGUACCCUAGCGUUGUCAAGCUCAAAAUCAAAACGGAACGGAAUUUGAAACUUAUUAAAGCAGCAGCAGAUGAUCACCACUUUUCCCUUCCACAUAAAUGAAAGAGGGAGAAAAAAUCAUACACACGUUAAAGAGAGUGAGAGACAUUAUCUAAUGAAUUGAUUUCUAAGGAUUUUUUUGAAUUAAUUGUAGGAGUUUAUAAAACUUAACUAGUUAAUUGAGAAUGUUAGCAGGGAUGAGCGAACGAGGUAGAGCGGCAGUUAGGCAUUAGGGUAUUAACCUAAAGCAAAUACCCAGAGAGAGAAAGAGAAAGAGGUGUACUAGAUCGCCAAGAGAAAAUGACGUUGUUCUAGUAGGAUUUUUUGAAUUAGUCUUUCUUAAUUUUCUCGUUUUAAAUUUCUUCUGUUUCUAUAGAGUGGACGGAGAGACGUUGUUCUCUUCCCAUUGAGAAGUAACAAACGCCAAACGAGAGGAACAGAGACAAGGAUUGUUUUGAAAGGUGAAACAAUUUAGUAGUGAUAUUCUUUUCGCUUUCUUCCCACAUUUGCCAACAUUUGUUAGGAAACAAUGAAAGAGUAUGCGGGAAGUCUGGUUCGGAGCAGUGCUCGGGAGAGACUGGAAAUGUCACAAAGAGAGGAGAAAGAAAAGGGUUAAGGAAUUUAUGGGUAUUUAAUUAAUUUAUUAGUUGUUUAAUUUAGGAAGUUCUCAAGAAGAAAACAAAAUACAAAAUGAAAAAGGUGUCCUAAGUAAACAAUCCGAUUCCCAUGCAGCCAAGCACUUGCUAAUGCACACACACACAUACACACACAAAAAAAGAAGAACACCGACUCAUACUGGCAAACACACAAGCGUAUAUUAUUCCGUCAAAGACUAGUGUGGGUAAAGCGAUUGUUAAACGAUAAGCCAAAAACAAACACACACACAUGCACACGGAUACAAUCAUCGAUUGGUUAGACAAAAAAAAAAGAAACUGAAACAUUAGUGCCACAGAAUUAGCAAAAAAUUGUUUGUCAUUGACAGGAUGGUCAUUAGUUAAUUGAUCAUCAUCUCUAAGAGAGAUUACAUAGGAAAUGGGGAUACAAAAAACGAAUAGUGUUGAAAGACAGAGACAGAGAGAGAAAGAGUAAAAAGGUUAUCAUUUUUUCGGUUUUAUUAAUUGUUUAGUAAAUGUUUCCACUAAAGCGAAAGAAUAUCGGGUAUAGGAAAUCUGCUCUAGACGGAAAUAAAGAGGAAGGACAAGAGAGGAUGUAAAAAAGCACGGAAGGCUUGUCAGGGAGGGGCUGGGGGCGUGUAUCAAACGGUGCAGGUCCUUCGUCGUUCUCCCCCUGUCGAGUGGGGUACUGAAAAGAUACAUAAUUAUGUUAGAAAGUUUAGGCGCCGAUUAGGAAUUCGUUUUGUUUGAACCUGCCUCCGGGUGGGAAGGUUUAUGUUAAAUUUGUUUUGAUUUCCGUACUAGGAGAGGAUCAAGCGAGACGAUUUGAUAUUUUGGUUUUUAUUUGAUUUAUUUUCCAUUAUGAUUCGGUUGUGCUUUGGUUAGUUAUAUUACUCCGAAAAGAAGCAGCAAAGAGAAAGCAAAUGUAGGUACAUCAAUGUUGCAAAUACUAGUGUCACAAAAUACAACCCUUGAGGAUAGCUUAAUUUGUAAAUAUCUCAGUAAAACUACUAUAAGUUAUAUGCAAGAACAGAAUUGCCGGGUGAACCGGUUGGUCGAGAGAAUUUGGUUGGAUGUUUUUUUCAAGAAUGCAUUGCAAACUUGCUAAUAAUACUUGUUGUGGUUUGAAAUUUUAUUGGAUUCUGAAUAGAAUACUUUUACGCUUUUUUUGCAACGAAACCGGAGAAUUUGUUAUUUAAAAAUACCUUUUCUUAUUUUAAAGAUUCAAAUUAGAGUGCUUCUCAAAAACUGCCUUUACUCAUUAAUAAUAUUGUGUUCAAAAUGUUUAGCAUUCAAUUAUGGUUUCUAUGUUUUUGUUGACUAUCUUCAUCAUUAUAAUUUGUGGAAUUAUUAGUCGGUAGUAUUUCGGUUUCUGUGCACUUGCAAGCUAUAUUCCACUUAUUUUAUUCUUAUUUAAAAUGUUAGAUGUUUGAUUGCCACUUUUGGUUGAACUACGAGUUAAAUUUGUUUCAAAAUCUAGUUUUUAUUAAAGGUUAACGCAAUUUCUCUCGAUCAACCGGCGAGUCCAACUGAAUCAUGUUUUAACAGAACGCCAAUUAAAAGACACUCAAAAUGGUUGAUUUUUAAACAUCUCAACAUUGAUCAAAAGCUAGCAAAAACGAAUAAGUACUUUAGGUUCCAAGACAGCUACUGAACGGAGAGGCAAUUUGCAAGGGUAUGAAGAAGAGUGAAGAAUCACAUAAUUUUCCAAUUUUCUCCAAAUAGUGGGGAAUCGAGCAUAGUUUUCAAUUAGUUAUCCUUCACCACCUAUGGUCGCCGUUCUGUUUAAAAAAUAUACAAUUGGAAAUGCUAAAGAAUCCAUCGACAAUAAGUAGUUUUCCGUUCAGGCAAAAUCGACUCAUAACGACACGCGGCACGAUUUACUAGCGUCCAGCAGAUGAGAAAAUGGUCAAGUGUUCGCAAGGCACACCGCAACGCGAGAGACGGUCACACACGAAGUUAAUUCGAUGCCAGUAAAAGUAGAAUGACAAGAAAGAUUUUUUAAUUCCAUCCACAUUUUUAUAAGUAGAUGAAGGAAAAAUCAAUCGCGGCCAAUUGAUGAGCUGAAACGCCACUAGACAGACAAUGUUUUCGUCCCAUUUGCGUAGUGUAAAACUAUUUUCGUACAACACACCAGAUUGCGCAAACUGGCCAAUAAAUUCUCUCAAGAGCUAUCAACAUCCGUCGUCAUUAAAUACAACUAUUUAUUUCGGUUUUGGAAAUUGUUUUAUUUUUUCACUAUACUGAAUAGCAAUAGUAGCAAACCAUUAACGUUAAUUAGAUAAGGCAGCAUUGGCUACCAAUCAAUUUUAAAUUAAUUGGUUACAAAAUACCAUCAGACAUCAUAAUUGAAACUGAAUUUAAUAAAAUGACAGCUUAUAAAAAAUACCAUCCAAAUUAUAGUAAAUAUGGUGUUCCACCUUUUUCUGUCGAAUAGCUAAGAAAAACGAGAAUAAAUUUAACUAUCGAAUAAUUUAAUUUCACUAACGAUUACCAUACAAUCUUGUACUCCAAAAAUACAACAAUUUUGCAAUAAGUGCUACUACUACAAUCGGUGUUAAUAUUAUGAACUGUGUUUCACGUGCGUUAUUCUAAAUUUGUUUGUCUUAAAUUUGUCGCGAUUCGUAGCGUACAAUCUCCACUUUACAUGAAACAAAACAAAAAAUUGGGGCAUCACACAUACACGCGCGGUUUUGCAUCACAGUAGAUACCGUCAAAAAUUGAAAAGUUACCUUCCACUAAAACAAAAACAAAUAAAGUGAAAAAUACACUUUUAGAAACGAAUAAUUCAGUCCAUCGAAGUAGAAAAAUGAAUUGUAAUCAAUAUAGUUGUUUUACUGGCUCUUAAGCAGAUUCGUCGCAAUGUUUAUGUUUGUAACAAAAAAAAAAGCCAAAUUUUUUAAGCAAUCUACAAAUUGUCCUCCAAACCUUCGGAUAGGUUUGUUAUGUUUGAUUUGUUCACGUUUGGUUUGUUGUCAAAACGAAAUUUUUACAUUGUUUGUUUAUUAGAUAAAUAUUGGCCUGCCAAGAAAUUCAAUCAAAAUUUCUCUUCCUUUGUCUUGUUUUCCUGUAAUUGCGAUGUAAUGCUUGUCGCAAGUACAACAUUUUCUUCCAUGUAGUAAUAGAAUAACCCUUUAGCACCCAAAAAUUACACUUCCAUGCCCGAGCUGUACUAGAAGUAGAUGUUUUCCACUUAAAAAUGCUCCAACUUUAGUUUUCGUUCAGCGCGUUAAAACGAAUCGAUUAAAUUAUUUCAAUGUUUUACGAUUAGUAAAAAAAGGGAACUAAAUUUUAAGAGACUGAUAUCAAACUAAUACGUCGAGACGCCAAUAGAUGCGAGUGUCUUGGACUAGAAAAAAAGUAAACAGCAUUAAAUUGAUAGAAGUGAGAAACAAUUAACAAUUACAACAAAUCCUUCCCGUUAGUUCUUCUGCUCUAUUUUCACCUUCUCCACUUUAAUGAACCCAAAAUUUCUGCGGACAUAAUCAUAGAUUCUUUCCUGCGGUGGAGGCAUGCUUUUCCCAAAAAAAGCAAAGAGAACAUUAAAAUAUCAAAUUACCAAAUAAAUAUCAAACUGACCGACAAGACAGUUGGGUCAACCUGACCAACGUAAAAAGAAAAUCAAGCGCAUAUUGUGAAAGGAAAAAUUAGACAGCUGAAAUUAAACUAUCACUCGUAAUCAGUAAUCAUAGCAGAAUAAUUAAAACAAAUAGGUGAAGUGAAUUAAAAUUAAACAACACACAGCAUCAUUAAUUAAACCGUAGUAGUGAAACUAAAAGAAAGUUGUAUUAGUGGAACAAGUAAAAACAACAACAAAUGAGAAAUUAUGUGUCAUUUAACUAACUAGGGAGUUCUCUUAAAUAGCUAUUAUUAUAAUUAUGAUAUCAACUCGAAUUAAAGAGCAGCUUUUGAGCAUUCAAAUAGAAGAACUUUCUUGAAUUCAAAAAUCACAGAUACACACACACACUGCAUUAUAUUAUAAAGAAAUUUACACACUUUUAAAGGGCCAAGUUAGUGAAACGUACAUUUUAGAAGCUCAUGUUUAAAGGAAGAGUAACAGCAACAAACACAAACAAGAACCUUGAAUUCCCCACCAAAAUGAAAUCAACUUAGUAGAAGGCAAAUCAUACAAAACAGUAAAACAACCAACCACUACAUGUCGUUCCACAUGAUGUCGUUCAAGAGAAACCCACGAUGAAACAAAUUUUAGAUGUUUCCCAAUAUGAAUGCAGUGGAAAAGGAAAACCGUAGGAUAUAUUCUCACUCUUUAAAUUUAACACAAAACACAACUCUGAGUAUUGAAUAUAACAAAAGAAGAACAAGAAAAAACAAUGUAUUGAAGAUAGAUUACCAAAAAAACCAAUGAUACAACUUUGACCUUAACUUUUCCUGUAAUCAAACAAUUAAAUGAAGAUACACCUGUGCAAAUCGACUGUAAAUACUGCUUUUGUGAUCCAGCAAAUGAAAUAUAGCUAUUCUAUUACCAGAUCUUAAAACAAAAAAAAAACACAUGCCUGCUAAUAUCAUCGUAGAGAUGCAACAAAACAAAAAAGAAAAUAAUAAGUAUACAAUUAAAAAUACUGCAGUUGCUAGAUGCAAACAAACAAAAAUAUAUCUGCUCCUUUUUACUGCUAUUUAGUAUUAACAAUAUGAAACAAUAAACAAAAAAAAAGAGAUAAGCAAACAAACUCGUAAAUAAAAUGCAUACACAUAUUUUCUAUCAGACGCGCGCAGGAAGCAAGAUGAUUGGUGUGAUAUGAAAGGUUGUUGGUAUCGCUCACACUAAAGAGCACGAACUUGUCUGCCAAAAAGAAAACACAAGCACAUACACACAAUAGAGAAGAAGAAACAAAAAAAAACUUCGGGAUCAGUUGAAUAAAAACAACAACGGAAAAGUUACGCAGUUACGGAACAGUCACAAUUUGUGGACCACAAGAAGAAGCCAACAUCAGCGUUUUGUUUGUUUUCUUGUAACAGAACAAAACAAACAAAGAAAAAAAUAUGCCAAAAACGUUACAGAUAUAUUUCAACACAACCUACAUAACAAACAUAGAUUAAACACAACAACAGUGAACAAAAAAAAAAGAUUCUGAAUGUAAAAAAGUUACACAGUGAACAAACACCAUUGUAGAGUGACGUGCUGGUUUUUGAGGGGAACUUUGAGCUGCUGACUUGCUGCUACAAGGAAAUUUCAUAAAAAAUGGGACAAAUAUACAGUAAUUCCCUGAAUAAACUGAUGAACAGAGGUGUCCGUUAUCCAAGUGCCGUAACCAGGGCUGUCUUACAAUGAUAAUCAUUUUACUUCAUUUAACGCCUUCAUCCAUUAAAACCGUCUACAUUAAAAACCUUGUAGUGAAAACCUGGAUUUCAAAAUGGGUAAUACAUCGAUUUUCGAUAUUUGCUCGACAACUUCGUCUCUAAAAUCGAUUGAAGACUUCUACCAGUAAACCCCAUUGUAUUGUAAAUAUAUUGUAAGGAUUUUUUGCAAAGCAUAAAAUAAUCGCCCGCCAUAUUUGGUUUCAAAAUAAAACUGAACUUCCAACUAUUAGCCCCGUUUUGAAAAAAGGCCAUUUUGAAAUUCAAUAUGGCAGGUAAUUUAGCCCGCGAUGUUCGAAAAACUACAACCUUGUAUAGAAGGGGGGGGGGGAAUGCUGUGACCCGUUUAGUUGGAUUUUUUUUGGAUGAUGUUCAUUUUGAAUCUUUCUUCUUUUGUUUUGAUCACCGCUCGAAGUGCGGAAUUUAAGAAAUGCGUAGCGGCUGGCAUGCAGGGUUUCCUUAAGAUCGUCAAAAAGCAAAAGUAACCAUUGAUUGAUUCCAAAAUGUCACUUUUUUGCUUCCAAUUUCACUUAGCAUACAUAUUCAUAUGCAAAGCUACCCAAAAGAACGAGAUGUGACACUAGUUGAUAUUAAACUAGCUAUUCUUGUGAUGGUAUGAAAUGAGGUAAAUUCUGACGACACCACUCUGUUGUUACUUCGCACUAUUGAGCAGAAACGGUAGAAUUCUGUUGACAGCAAUAGUUUCUAUCUUUGUUAAAUGCUUUCGUAGCAUGAAUUAGUAAAUGAUUCUUCAAAAUGGAAUUUAACAUUCCGUUAAAUUCCAUCUCAAACCAUCAUUCUCGGUACAUAUUGAAACCACUAGAAAGCCAAUUUGUUUUCGGGAAGAUCAGUAUCAGUAGUGUCGGUUAUUCAUACCUUUUCAUGGUGCGAAAGAUAAAUUUCUCGUUGACACUAUCUCAAAGUCAAAGUCGCUUCAUUUUCAUUAAAUUGUUCAUUUAUGGCGAAAUUAUCAUUGAACGAUUCACCUUAAUGACCAGUACGUCACUAUUUUGCCUCAAAUAAAUUGCAAAUCAUUUGGGCAUUCGGAAUCCGUAUUGCUUAGAGAUCUAUUUCAAGAUUUUACCACUUCAUAAAAUCAUUCUUUUGUAUUAAUCCUGUCCAGUUAUUAUCUUGUUCUGUAUUUUCACAGCGUCAAAACCGAUUGAAAGCAAUUCUUUAAUUUGUGCCUUAGACCGAGUUGUUCCUGUUGUUUUCCUGUUUGCCUUAUUAGUUUGGUGGUAGUUUUUGAUUACAGAAAAAACACACUUUCAAAAUUGCACAAGCACACAGACACCUACACAUACACCAAUUAAUGCGGAACGAAACGUUUCUGGCAGAACCAUUAGAGCAAAGGAAUAAUAAACAAACAAACAAAAAAGUUUUAUGCAUAGCAGAAAACGGUUAGAGGAAAUAAAAAGAAACAAAAUGAAUGCCUUGUGAAAGAAAAAUACAUUUAAAGAAAACAAACAUUGAAACAAACAUGGAAACAAAGAUGUGCAACUGCAAGAAAAAGUAUAUAUUUAACAUUAAAUAAUCUAGGAGAGAACAACAAAAAAAAAAACGGUAAACCAAACUGCUCACCUGUAAAUAUGAUAAAUCCAUUCAAAAACAUAAAUCUAAAUUAAAACAAAAACGUAAAAAAACAACGGGCCUACUUCAAUCGGGUUCUGAACAGGCUGCUGGUCCGGUUAAUAGCAAAAAAAAAAGCAAUUGAAAAGCAAUUGAGAACAAUGGCAAUACAACGGAUUCCUCCUCCCUCCGUUGGCUGUUGUUGGCUAUGCUGCUCGGAGGUUCGGAGAAGGAAUCGGGGACCAACACAAUUGGCGUUUAUCACUAUCAUACUAUCAAAAAAGUAGAAUUGAGUUUUUUCUCCAACCCUAAGAUCAAUAGUUUAAAAUUACCCAGAAGAAUAACAACAAAAAUUAAAAUUUGUUUUUACUGUUGACAUUAUUUGAAAAAUAAUGCUUUUGACCGAGCCUGUUCGGAACCGAUUACCGUAAGGGCAGGGUUCCGUGAUCGUGAAGUAAGUUGAACAGCAACAACAAAAUAACAACAACAACAAAUGGAACAACUUUAAUAAGAAGUGUACUUGUCGUGUUAUUAUUGUAAAACCACAAACGCAAUCGGAAGCAAAACCAUAAAUGCGAACGAAUGUUACUUUCGUAAAAAGGAAAAACAAAAAAAAAAACAAUCUAUAGGAAAGGCGCAAAGAAAGAGAACAUACUUUUUAGAUAAACCUAAAUGACAAAAAAUAUGUACAUAUAUAUUUUGGCGUCGUGAAAUUUUACGAAAUAACUGGAAUUUUAAAACACGUUAAAAAUGAGCGAAGCGAAGAAAAAGUGCAAGCAUCGAGGAGCAGCAGCAGCAGCAGCAGCAGCACACAUUAUGACAAAUGGUUGUGUUAAUUUCCAAAAAAGAAAAACAGCAAACAACUAAAGCAAAAUAAAGAAGAAAAACCCCAGCAAAAAGGGGGAGCAAACAACAACUCAAAAUAAUCGCUUUUUAGACAAGUUUUACCCUUAAUUCAGAAGAAUACUUUUUUCUGCGUACUGAUUUGUGACAGUGAAAAAAGAAAACUGUUCUAUUACAGGUAGGAGAAAAACAAAAUGGGAGUGAGAAUCUAGCAUCUACACAACACACACACACACCCCUUAUUCUCGUCAUGCGAGAGCACAGACACAAGAUGAUGAGAUGCGUUUUUCCUGGUUGUUUUUUACACUUAGUUAGGCAUUAGUUUUCACAAGCAGCGAAUUAGUAGUGACAAGUUUAGCGAACAAAAUACUAGGAGGAAAAAUCAAAUAAAAACCAUCAAAAAAGUCGAACAAUUGAAUCAAAUCGGAUCGGAGUCGAAGUCGAGUUGGAAGAAUUGUUAUCAAAAGUUGAAACGAACCGAGUUAAAAAGACGGGGAAACAGAAGUAGCAAAACGGCGUCACCAAACGAAGAAAAAUUCUGAGAAAAAAACGAGAAAUCACACAUAUUUAUAAAUAUAUGUUUGUUAAGAUUUUUUUCACUGUAAAUAUGUUUAUAUCGUUUGAUUAUUAAGUAACGAGUAACUACGAGAAAUGUCUCUACACUAAAACGCAAAAAAAAAACAUUGAACGCAAGAAAACUAAAAUGGUUUAUUUAAAAAAAAGCAACAAAAAAAUCAAAUAAGUUGAGGUUUAAUGAAACUCACAAAAACGGAAAAAAGAAGAGAGAAUUACUAGCACGAACACACGUAGAUUGUUCUCUGAGCUGUACCUAAGUCAGAGCAAAAAGAAAAAGAAAGGAAAAGAAACUCGUAAGGAAAAUAUGAAACAAACACACACAGAGAGAGAAAAUGGAAAACUGAAACCCUCGAGAAUACUUGAUGACGACUCUAUGCAAUGAAUUAUCAAAAACGGAAUCGCCUUCCGUGCGGCUUUUGUGCGGUCAUCCUCAGCAGGUGCUUGUUACGAAGUGGGCAGGAAACGUGCCUCCCCACAGAGUGACGCGGUUGGUUACGCGGUGCACGAUCCUCCGGUCUGACUAUGUGAGGCAAACGUUACGGGGCGGGGGGCGGAGUGAAGCGAAAGUCUAUUUUUACCAGCAUUUACAUGUGUACUAGAGCGUGUAGUAGAAUAAUGAACCAUGCUAACCAGAAGCGAACACGAUUUGGAUGAUUGUUCCUAUAAGGAUACACUAGUAUUAGUUUACCUGUUUUCCCCUGACGGUGAUGGUCAGAUUGCCACCUUUUCCGUCGAUCGCUCGCAUGAUGAGUAUGCUUGCGGAGCAGCCAUGUGCGGAAAUGUGCAAUAUUACGAGCUUUCUUGAAAUUGCAAUAAACGGAGCAAAUCCAAAAGCUUCGGAACAACGUCGUUAAGGCAGGAUGUGGUCGAUCGUAAUGUAGUAAAGAAAAAUCGAAACAAGUGUGCCAAGGGAGACAAAUUCCUAGCAGAGCAUUCUGUGCUCUUGCGCGGGUUGAUAGUAAACUGGAACUGGAUAAAGCCUUAAACCGUUCCCUUGAGGUGGGACCGAAUUUUAUUGAACUAUUCACUUUCUAAAUAGUCAUCGUUUUUCCAAGUACACGUAAAACGUAGAAAGUUUUGUUAAACUUUUUUUUGUAAAUAGCUUAAGCAAAUGUAAAAGACGGGUGUAUUGGUGUGUAAAUAAAGGAUCUGCUAACAAAUCCUAAAGGUGGAAACUUUCAGCGUUGACCGUCGCAAAAGGGUAACAGAGUGAAUGUUUGCAAAACUAAUAAACGUACAGCAUAGAUGUACUUAGCUGUGAACCUGUACUAUCGGUUGAUUAGGCGAUCUACGGGUAAUUUAUUAGCGAAAAGCACCAUCGAAACGCUAAUUUUACUUAAAUAAUAAAAGGCGUGAGAUACUUAUUCUUUGUUGUUAAACCACGCUUACUGCAAAAUGUACUAUUCGCAUAGCGGACUGUUUCGGACAGCUGACCAGUUUGGUUACAAACACACACAUUUCAUUAUAAUGGCCAUAAACCAAGCCCACAUAUUCUAGAGCAUGCUUGGGUAACAUUCAAAGUGCCGUGAAUUGCCAAAUGGACAGCUUAACAUUUUCAUGCCGAAACAAAUCGCUUCUGCACUGUGGAAUAUGAGGAAAACCCAGAUCAAUUUGAAAAGUUUUAGAAAUCCUUAUCGCAAACAAAAAAGAACACGUUACGCUGACAACCGACUGCUUAUUGUCAGGUUCCUAUAAAUUUGAAUAGAAAACAAUAAAAAAGCAGAAAAGACUGAUUUAACAAAACCGUAGACAUAAUUGUAGCAUACAGUCGGAACGACUAAUUUUGCUACUUUAGAGAAAUCGAUGCGAAACGAGUUAGCCAGAGUUCAUACGUUCCAUACCCUAACCGAGUGGGCCUUCUGUGUAGAGCGCGAAAAGCAAAAACACAAAAACAAAAACGAUACAACAAAAUGUUAUUGUUCUGUUACUGUAAACCUCACUGAGUUCUGUUGACAAACGCUUUGACCCCCCCGCACCUUACCAAGCCCUAGAUCUGUUGUUGUACAUCGGAAAGAAGCACAAUUCUGCGCCUACUUCGUCCGCACGUAAGUCCGCACUGAGCCUCAAAUUCGGCCCUUCCCGAUCGUCGGAAAUCUCCCUGUUUGCCCGUAGCUGUGCCCCAUCGUCAUCGGAUCGAUAGCAACAAUUUCGUUCGUCGAGAAACAUACUACUAAAUACAGGCGGUAAUGGAAUCCAUGGAUCGAAAAAAUAUGGUACCAUCCAAGUAACGCCCCAAAAACACAAAAACAACCACAAAUAGGAAAUUAAUAUUCCUCAACCAACACAUGCGUGAAAGGAGCGAAUAUAUGACAUGCCAUGGCACCACCGCCACCGCCGCCGCCGCUAUCGAAAUGGCAUUGUGAAGACGACUCCGACAACUGUUGGUUGACCCGAUGAUCGAUUGAUCCGGGACCGGGUUGGGCACGACGAUCCGCCGCACGAACGACGGAGGGCUUGGAUAUUUAAUGAAUACUUUAAUUUAGCGUAAAGUUAUCGCAAAAUGAACACAAUUUAACGAAAAAAAAUAAAAAAAAAAUCUAAAGAAUAAAUACUACAUAUUACGAGACAGAGAACGAGCAUACAAGAAAAAUGAAAUAAAAAUAAUGAUGAUUACAAGUAAUUAAAUGAAUAAGAAUAAAAAGAAUUGUGCAUAUU